UAAUGUCUGUGCUUUGAAAAAUACACUCGCCCUGAAUGAUAAAUGCGCGAAAUUCCAAAAGGGGGUUAAAUCCCUCGUUGGGAUCCUCCUCAAAAAUUUUGUCUUCAAUUUGUAUUACGCAUUGGACAAAAUUAAAGAGAACGAUGGCAUAAAAAGAGAUGACAGUGAAGGUUCUAAAAUGAAUUGCAGAAGAAAGUUGGACAAGUCCAUGAAGAAUAUUGAGAAGUGCAUUAACUUGUGUCUAGUAGUUUUGAAAACGUUACAGGGAGAUGAACAUUUUUUUGCUCAGUAUGUGCUGGAGAACUACUGUUCAAUUAAUUUAAGUCAUAAUGAUAAAAGGAAGGAGGGGAAGAAAAAAAAAAACAACAACAAAUUCGAUGACGCCCUUUUGAUGUACCACUCGUAUAGCAAUUCACAGCCGUCGAGAUGGAAAAAUAAACCGAAGGGGGAGAUUAACGGAGUAUGUCUAAAUGCAGGGGAAACGGGGGAGCACAGCAUGUUCAUAGGAGAUAGGGAAGUCAACUCUUAUGUUAACAAAAUUGCAACGAUAGAUUCGUACAUAGACAAACAUAAGAUGUACUCCAAAGGGGACUUCAUUUGUGAACUAAAUAAUUUUUUUAAUGCGUUUUAUUUGAAGAAGGGACCUUCAAAUGGGGACCAUGCCAGGUUUGGCGUGGCCCAAAAGGGAGAAGAAAACGCGGAAGUGAAAGCGGAAGUAAAAGCGGAAGUAAAAGAGGAAGAAAAAAACAUAAUCGAUGACGACUGCGUAACGAAUAAUUUAUUCUCAGAGUACUUUAACAGCUGCAGAAGGAACAACAAAAUGGUGAAUACGCUAAUAAAAGAGGUGAAUUUACAGAGCUUACGAAAUUUCCAUCGCGUUUUAUACAAAAAUAUUAAUUUUAUCCGAAUGUUUAACGCGCGAAAUGAUACCAAGCAUGAAAUGGAUGCCCUGCAGCUGUCUACUCUUUUUUG